AUGUGUGCUGACUGUGAGACAGGAAUGACUCUAAACCUCCAAAUGUACUGUGGUAAGUGUAGUGGUAAGGAGGACAAUCAGGGCUUUAGAGUUGUCAGGGACAUGGUGCUACCCAUGUUAUGCCGUGGUAACAAGUUUACCGUUGUGUGUGACAACUUCUUCUGUACGUUAAGGUUGUCACACUACCUUGCUUCAUGUGGGUGCCAACUUUUGGGAACCAUGAGGAUUAAUAGGACAGAACUUCCUGACGAAGCAAAGACCAUCAAAGGGAGAACUCCCGAUACCACCAUCUUUUUCUCGAAAGGAAAGUGUAAGCUCAUCUCUUACUUCAACGAGAAAAAGAAGCUGGUAUUGGUCUUGUCAACCUGCCACGAAAAGAAUGAAAUUGAAGUCGUCGAGCAGGAU